AUGCCGCAGGAUAAACGAUUAAUUAUAACUCGGGCGGUUCUCCACAAAGUGCAGCGUGUUUGCGGUAGCGCGGAUGCCGCGUCGGCGGAGGGUAUCUUUAUUGAAUUUGUUGUACCCGCGGUGGUAGUAACACAGUGCCCAGAACUAACGGGAAAGUACGUCUUCCAGCUCCCCAACCGCACGUAUGUGAUGAAUGGCCGCACGACAUGUCUUAUUGUUCCACGCCUCCUAUCAGGUGGCGCGUUUAAAGUAAACAAGAGACACGGCUAUUACGACGCUGUGGUUACGGCUGAGGCCAUAUGCAAGCGAGGGGAUACAGAGGCUGCACGGCGGGCAGCGCAAGUCGCCAAAACGUUUGCCCACUUUGUUGUAGACUCGCGUAUUGUAUCAAAGCUACCGUCGUGCAUUACCGAUGGGGCGGUAGUGACGAAGGUGGCAACAAUGAAGGUCCCAUCUACUGUAGCCGACGAAAAAUCUGAUAGGAAGAAUGAGCAGGGGCGAAAAGGUUCGCAGAAGCCCCCAGAUGGGGCGAUUGUUAAAGGUAGCCAGCAAUACGUUGAAACGGAAAAAGCGCCAGUGGGGAUGCCCCCGCUGGUGAAACUUUCAAGGAAGUGCAUUACCCCCCUGCACAACCUUGAUGAGCAAGGUAAUCUAACCCUCCGCCUUGCGCAGGGAGCAUCGGGCUCUGUUGUCCGCGUUCGCCAAGCCGGGCAGCUUGUGGUGCGUGUCGGGCACGGUGGGAUGGUUCCUGGCGAAGUGUGUGACAACGCAAAGAGUUUCGUCUACACUUUGAAGCGGGAGUUCCCAACAGUGUGGAAAUACAUCCACGAGUUUCAGAUGACGUCCGCGGUAACGGAGCCCAUUCGCUUCAUGGAGGUUCACAUACAGAAGUAA